AUGGAGGAUGAGGGCAUAACGUAUCUUGUGUCGUCUGACAUUCAAUCGAUGGGUUCGCGUUUUGUCGGCUCUAACUUUUAUAUCGAGACGGUGGUCGUACAACGUGACUCGAAAUUUCCGAGGAUUGCAGGAGAAAGAGAUAUGGAACGUGAGGAUGACUUGAAGCAGAAAUUGCAAGAUUUACAGAAGCAACUAGGGAAAAAGCAAAUGUUCGAAGAGUCUGUCUCUUCAAUUAGAUCUCUGCUCCAUCAAUUUUACCCUUCCGCUUCCCCUUCUCUUCGUAAAUCGUUUUUCACAGUCAUAUCUCGUGUUGCAACCAUAUUAAAGACAAGAUACACCUCACCCGGAUUUUGGAAUGCUGGAUUAGGGCUCUUUCUAGAAGCUGAACAAAUGGUGUCUGAAUCUUCUGAAAAGCAACAUCUGAAGACUUGCAUAGUUAGAGCCCGAGAACAGUUGAGUGAAAUAGAUAAUCAGCCUGACGAAUCUGCACAAAACAGGAGACAUCAAGGGUAUUUAUUUGAAGGACAUUUGACUGUGGACCAAGAGCCUCCACAGCCUCAAUGGUUGGUUCAAUCAAAUCUGAUGACAGCCCUUGCUGCUACAAUGUCUCAAGCUGAAACAUCUGAAAACAACACGUCAGAUGGGCCCACCAAUCUCCCACGAGAGCUCAUGGAUAGACUUCAAGAGCUUAUGCCCAACAUAUCACCCGAUUCCAAUGAUUUACCUCAAGAGAUUAUCGACCAGCUUGUGGCAAUGUUUCCAGAAGGGGAUUCAGCAGCAAGAGCACCACCAGCAAGUAAAGAAGUGGUUGCAAAGCUUCCGGUUAUUGUUAUUACAAAUGAGAUCUUGACCAAGUUACGAGCAGAUGCUGAAUGUGCGAUUUGUAAAGAGAAUUUGGUGGUAAACGAUAGCAUGCAAGAGAUGCCAUGCAAACACACGUUUCAUCCUCCUUGCCUCAAGCCAUGGCUGGAUGAGCAUAAUUCGUGUCCGAUUUGUCGACAUGAAUUACGGACAGAUGAUCAUGAGUAUGAAAGUAGGAAGGAGAGAGAAAAGGAGGCUGAAGAAGAGAGAAAAGGAGCUGCAAAUGCAGUUCGAGGAGGUGAAUAUAUGUAUGUAUAGGUCAAAAAAGGAAAAAAAAAUAUUAUUUGUGAAAAUGUUAAGAGUGAUAUUAUUUUAAAAAAUAGUAUUGUUGAUUUGUUUUUAAGUAUGAGAUUAUGUUAUUGUUACCUUUUAU